GGGUUUCAGAGAGACCCGCCAGUCCAAAGUUUCCGCCAGUCCAAACGGGUGGCCUUUUACACUUUUUAGAAAAGCAAAAAAGAACAGAAAUUGGAGGGAACGAAGAGAAGAGACCGUCAAGAAGAAGAAGAAGAAGAAGGAAAAAGCUCAUUCAUCGUGAGCUCAGAGCUAAAAGAAUACGAAAAAGUAGAAGAUAUUACAGAGUAAGAGGGAGAUGCGAAACGCCAUAGCCAGAGCUAGAACUGGCGAGGCAGAGAAACCAUGCAGGGACUUCAUCAUCAGCAGCAGCAGCUAGCCGCUCUCCUCUCCGCCGCCCUUCCCAAGGACGAUUCCCCAUCCUCCGCCGCGUCAUCAUCUUCUCCGGCGGCGGCGGCGGUAACUGGCUCUAGCUCUGACGCCGGCGAUGACUCCGCUCGGAUCGCCGCCCUUAACUCCCUCCACCGCGCCCUUCUCUUCCCUCACAACUCCCUCCUCGUCACCCACUCCGCCACUUUCCUCGCUCAGGGCUUCUCUCAGCUCCUCUCCGACAAGUCUUACUCAGUGAGACAAGAAGCUGCUGUGACAUAUGGCGCUCUUUGUGCCGUGCUUUGUUCGUUUCCUAUAACAUCAAAUGGCAGACAAAACCAUGUUUUACUUGGGAGUUUGGUUGAUCGGUUCAUCGGUUGGGCAUUGCCACUGCUGAGCAAUGUCAUUGCUGGUGAUGGGGCCACUGAAUUGGCAUUGGACAGCCUGCAGGAGUUUCUUAAUGUUGGAGAUGUUAGCGCGAUUGAGAGAUUUGCUCUGCCAAUUCUCAAAGCAUGCCAAGUACUUCUUGAGGAUGAGAGAACCUCCUUGAGUUUGUUGCACCAAAUUUUGGGUGUUUUGUGUCUGAUUUCAUUGAAAUUUUCUAGGACCUUCCAGCCUCACUUUCUCGACAUUGUGGAUCUGCUUUUAGGAUGGGCAUUGGUACCGGACCUUGCUGAACCCGAUAGACGGAUAAUUAUGGACAGUUUCUUGCAAUUUCAGAAACAUUGGGUGGGUAACUUGCAAUUCUCUCUCGGGUUGCUCUCAAAGUUCCUGGGAGACAUGGAUGCUUUGCUUAAUGAUGGAGGUCCUGGAACUCCUCAACAAUUUCGGAGGUUGCUGGCUCUCCUUUCCUGCUUUUCAUCGGUUUUGCAGUCUACUGCUUCUGGGUUACUGGAAAUAAAUUUAUUGGAACAGAUCAGUGAUCCACUUACCAGAAUGGUUCCUCGGUUGUUGGGGUGCCUAUCUAUCGUUGGACAGAAGUUUGGAUGGUCAGAAUGGAUUGUGGAUUUAUGGAAAUGUUUGACACUUUUGGCCGAAAUAUUAUGCGAGAGAUUUUCCACUUUUUACACACUCGCAGUUGAUAUCUUAUUUCAAAGCUUGGAAAUGAACUCUACUACCCCAUCAGUGGGAGCCGGGAAGAUUACCUCAUUUGAAGUUCACGGGAUUCUGAAAACGAACCUCCAGUUACUAUCUUUGCAAAAGUUUGGUCUCCUUCCAUCAGCUGUGCAGAAAAUACUGCAAUUUGAUGCACCGAUAUCUCAGCUGCGUUUACAUCCAAAUCACUUGGUUACAGGGAGUUCUGGUGCCACAUAUAUUUUUUUACUUCAACAUGGAAAUAAUGAUGUUGUUCAACAAGCAAUUACUUCAUUGAUUGAGGAGCUGGAAUCGCUGAAGGGCAUGAUAGCAAAAAGUCUUGGUUAUGUAGAUGGGUUCUGCAGUAUUGUAAAUUAUAAGAGCUAUUCAAAACUUGAAUUGUUUGCUCUAGUCAAGUUUGAUUUGAAAAUUUUGUUGACGUGCGUUCUAUUAGGUGGAGAUAAAAAUUUGGUUGGCCAACUAGACAUUGCAUCCUUAUAUCUUAGGAGGUCAGAAAACUUGAUCUCUUUUCUUAUGGAGAAAUUGAAUCCUUUUGACCUAGUUGUUCAGUCCCAUGCAGAGUUGCAAGUCAGUGUUAUCAAGACAUUGGACAGGUUAUCUGAAGUUGAAUUCUUGAGCAAGUCCUCUGCAAGAAGUCAGAAUAGGGGGCAAUCUUCUGUGGAAGUCAGUGCUGAAAAGAACCUUACUGAUAAAUGCUUCAGAAAUGAACAUUUGGGUGUCAUUAUAGAACACCUGAGGAAAUAUGAUAUUCUCUUUGUGAAAGCCCUCCACGUUUCUUCUCCUGUUGCAGUUAAAGUAGUAAUUCUAGGAUGGAUCCAGAGAUUCUGUGAGAAUGUUAUUGCUACUUACAGGAACUCAAACCUGAAGAAUUAUUUUGACGAAGCAUUUGGACAUGCAGGGACUAUUAGUAAUGUGGUUUUCUCAGUUCUGUAUUCUGCAUCUGACAGGGAACCAAUUGUGAGGUCACAUGUUGCAUUGGUUUUGAAGUUGCUGCUGCAGGCAAGGCUUGUGCAUCCUGUGUACUUUUAUCCUAUAACUGAAGUAGUCCUAGAAAAACUUGGUGAUCCAGAUAAUGAGAUAAAAAAUGCAUUUAAGAGGCUACUUGCUGAUGUUUUGCCAACUACAAUGUAUGCGUGUGGGCUGCAUGACUAUGGCAAAUCUACUUUGUCUAGGUCUGAUGUUCUUAAAUUGGGCAAUGGCUCCAAUUUGCACUGGAAGCAAGUAUUUCCCUUGAAGCAGCUGCAUCAUCAACUUCAUGCGCAACAACUUGUGUCCAUAUUAAGUUACAUUUCACAAAGAUGGAAGGUACCUCUUUCCUCUUGGAUCCAGCGUCUGAUUCAUAGUUGUCGGAGAUCAAAAGACUCUGUUUCAAAUCAACUUGAAGAAGCAGGAAAUUUUGGUGCUAAUGUUGUAUCGUUGGAUGUCAAAGUGGAUGAGGAUAUUCUUGAAAAGAAUUGCUCAGUUAAUAAUCUAGCUGGUGCUUGGUGGGCUAUACAUGAAGCGGCUAGGUAUUGUAUUUCCAUGCGUCUUCGAACUAACCUUGGCGGUCCGACCCAGACUUUUGCAGCAUUAGAACGGAUGCUUUUGGACAUUGCGCACCUUUUGCAGCUUGAUAAUGAGCAAAAUGAUGGGAACUUAAGUAUGAUAGGGGCUUCUGGUGCUCACUUGUUACCCAUGAGGUUAUUGUUGGAUUUUGUUCAGGCAUUAAAGAAAAAUGUAUAUAAUGCUUAUGAGGGUUCUGUUCUUUUACCCUUGUCUACUCGUUCAAGUUCCUUGUUCUUCAGAGCUAACAAGAAAGUCUGCGAGGAGUGGUUUUCUCGAAUUUGUGAACCAAUGAUGAAUGCUGGAUUGGCUCUACAGUGCAAUGACGCUACAGUUCAAUAUUGUACUCUGCGUUUGCAGGAGCUUAAGAAUCUUGUGACCUUAGCUUUGAAGGAUAAAUCUAGGGCCCAAGUAGCCAAUCACGUCCAAGGUAUCAGGAAUAGAUUUUCUGCAGACAUCAUGAGGGUUUUGCAUCACAUGGCAUUGGCUCUCUGUAAGAGUCAUGAAUCGGAGGCUUUGAUUGGCCUACAAAGAUGGGUUUCCAUGACAUUCUCUUCCUUGUUUGGGGAGGAAAACCAGUCUUAUGGCGACGGUACAAUUCUGGGGCCCUUUUCAUGGUUUACUGGACUUGUACAUCAGGCUGAAGGUCAGUAUGAAAAAGCUGCAGCUCACUUUUCUCUCUUGCUGCAAAGUGAGGAGUCACUCAGUUCUAUGGGUUCUGAUGGUGUGCAGUUUGUUAUUGCACGUGCGAUUGAGAGUUAUGCUGCUGUAUGUGACUGGAAGUCUCUAGAAUCCUGGCUAUUAGACUUGCAAGCACUUCGUGCGAAGCAUGCUGGGAAGAGUUACUCUGGUGCUCUGACCACAACGGGCAAUGAAAUUAAUGCAAUUCAUGCACUGGCACGUUAUGACGAGGGUGAAUUUCAGGCCACAUGGGCAUGCCUUGAUUUGACACCUAAAUGUAGCAGUGAGCUCACACUUGAUCCCAAGCUAGCCCUGCAAAGAAGUGAGCAGAUGCUUUUACAGGCAAUGCUUUUGCAAAAUGAGGGAAAGGAAGAAAAAACUUCUCAUGAAUUGCAUAAGGCCAGAUCAAUGUUAGAAGAAACAUUCGCUGUUCUGCCUCUUGACGGGUUAAGGGAGGCUGCUGCAUAUGCCAUCCAGUUACAUUGCAUCGUUGCGUUUGAGGAUGGUUAUAAGCUUAGAGGCAGCCAAGAUAAAUUCAAACAACUACCACCGAUAUUAUGUUCACAUGUCGAGUCCACAUUAUCCCCAUCAAAUAGAAUUUAUCAAGAUUGUAAUCAAUGGUUAAAAGUUCUUCGGGUUUAUCAAACGAUUUUACCGACUUCUCCAGUUACUCUUAAACUCUGUACUGAUUUAUUGAGUCUAGCCUGUAAAAAGAACAACAUAAUGUUGGCUACUCGUCUGGAGAAAUAUCUCAAGGAUCACAUACCGAGUUGCUCUGAGGUAAAAUAUCGUGAUUUCCUCAUUUCAUAUUUUCAGUUUGAGGACUCAAUGCUACUGUAUGCUGAAAAUAAAUUUGAAGAUGCUCUCACGAGCCUUUGGUCUCUUGUCCGCCCUUAUGUGGUCUCUCCGGCAUCUCUAGUUUCUGACGCCGAUGAUAGCUUUUUAAAAGCCAAGGCAUGCUUGAAACUCUCACGCUGGUUGAGGCGCAGUUAUUCAGAGCCGUGGCUUGAUAAAAUUGUGCCGGUGAUGCUUUCAGAUUUCGAGGCUUCUUUUGACAGCGAUAGACCUGCCUUCGACAAUGAAAAUGUAAACCGUGGCCUGACUGUAGGUCCUAUAAUUGAGGAAAUCGUGGGCACAACUACAAAAUUGUCUACUCUCCUUUGCCCAACUAUGGGUAAGUCAUGGAUUUGUUAUGCUUCCUGGUGUCUUAGUCAAGCAAGAGACUCUCUUCUCAACCCUCAAGGAAAUGUCCUCCACACAUGCUCGUUUUCUCCUAUCCUCACCCCAGAGGUUCUACCUGGAAGAUUUAGUUUAGCUGAAGACGAGAGCAUAAGAAUAGAAUCUAUGAUUGUGCAGCUGUUGCAGCACAAGUUUGCAUGUGAUGCAGAGGGUUCUAAAGACGAACAAGGAGAGUUGAAUUUCUCUCUUAAUUCUGCUGUACAUUUAAGGAAUGACAACCUUGUGAAGGCUUUGGUGCAGCAAGUAGUAAAUGUCAUUGAAGCUUCGGCAGGAGCACCUGGUGCAGAAAACUUAAGUGAUGAAAGCUUGUCAGCUACUCUAGCUUUUAAGUUAAAGGUUUGCUUCCUGCAUACAAAUUUUGGCUUAAAUGAAUCUGAGAUAUUAUCUGUAGUUGAUGAUUUAGUUGAAAUUUGGUGGUCUUUGAGGAAGAGAAGAGUCUCACUCUUUGGGCAUGCAGCUCAUGGGUUUAUACAAUACCUUUUGUAUUCAUCUGCCAAUAUUUGUGACGGUCAAUUAGCUGGAUUCAAUUGUGAGCCUUUGAAACAAAAGACCGGCAGCUAUACCAUGAGGGCUACUUUAUAUAUCCUGCAUAUUCUUCUCAAUUAUGGGGUGGAGUUAAAAGAUACACUGGAACCAGCUCUCUCAACUGUUCCUCUGUCACCAUGGCAGGAUGUUACACCACAAUUGUUUGCUCGGCUAACUUCUCAUCCUGAACAAGUGAUUCGGAAUCAGUUGGAGGGCUUAUUGAUGAUGUUGGCCAAGCAAUCUCCAUCAUCCAUUGUUUACCCAACACUCGUUGAUGUGAAUGCAAAUGAAGAAAAGCCUCCAGAGGAACUACAACACAUACUAAGUUGUUUGAAUGAACUUCAUCCAAGAUUGGUUCAGGACGUUCAGCUUAUGAUAAAUGAGCUUGGAAAUGUCACUGUUCUUUGGGAGGAGCUGUGGCUUAGUACACUUCAAGAUCUUCACUCAGAUGUGAUGAGGCGUAUAAAUCUCUUGAAAGAGGAAGCUGCACGAAUUGCAGAAAAUGUCACUCUCAGCCAGAGUGAGAAGAACAAGAUAAAUGCUGCUAAAUACUCUGCUAUGAUGGCUCCCAUUGUUGUGGCCUUGGAGCGUCGCUUUGCUUCUACAUCUCGAAAUCCUGAAACACCUCAUGAAGUGUGGUUCCACAAGGAGUAUAGGGAACAAUUGAAAUCCGCCAUCUUAACUUUCAAGACGCCUCCUCCAUCUGCCGCAGCACUUGGUGAUGUGUGGCGACCAUUUGAUAACAUUGCUGCAUCCUUAGCAUCUUAUCAGAGGAAGUCAUCAGUUUCUUUAAGAGAAGUUGCACCGCAACUUGCUUCCUUAUCAUCUUCCGAUGUUCCAAUGCCUGGUCUUGAAAGGCACGCCACAAUAUCUGAACCUGACAUAAGCGGUGCUGGUCACAAGGGGAUUGUUACAAUUACUUCUUUCUCGGAACAAGUGGAAAUCUUGUCAACCAAAACUAAACCGAAGAAACUUGUUAUACUUGGUUCUGAUGGUCAAAAGUACACGUAUCUUUUGAAAGGAAGGGAAGAUCUGCGCCUUGAUGCCAGAAUCAUGCAGUUGUUGCAAGCUAUAAAUGGUUUUUUGCGUGCAUCUCCUGAAACUCAUCGUCAUUCUGUGGGGGUUCGCUAUUAUUCUGUGACUCCUAUCAGUGGCCGAGCUGGUCUAAUUCAGUGGGUUGAUAAUGUGUUAAGUAUAUACAGUGUCUUUAAGUCCUGGCAAAGCCGCGUUCAACUGGCUCAGCUCUCAGCAAUUGGCGGUGGCAAUUCAAAAACUUCUGUUCCUCCACCAGUUCCCCGACCAAGUGAUAUGUUCUAUGGUAAAAUUAUACCUGCGCUCAAAGAUAAAGGCAUAAGGAGAGUGAUCUCACGAAGAGACUGGCCUCAUGAAGUGAAGCGUAAAGUCCUCCUUGAUCUAAUGAAGGAGACCCCGAGACAGCUUCUUCAUCAAGAACUAUGGUGUGCCAGUGAAGGUUUCAGAGCCUUCACCUCAAAACUAAAAAGGUAUUCUGGAAGUGUUGCUGCUAUGAGCAUGGUGGGCCACAUUCUUGGCCUGGGGGAUAGGCAUUUGGAUAACAUACUUGUCGAUUUCUUCAGUGGUGAAAUUGUACAUAUUGAUUAUAAUGUUUGUUUUGACAAAGGGCAAAGACUCAAAGUCCCAGAGAUUGUUCCCUUCCGUCUAACCCAGACCAUUGAAGCUGCACUAGGGCUAACUGGAAUAGAAGGCAGCUUCAGGGCAAAUUGUGAAGCAGUGAUUAGUGUUUUGAGGAAGAACAAAGACAUACUCUUGAUGUUACUUGAAGUUUUUGUCUGGGAUCCACUCGUGGAAUGGACUCGGGGAGAUUUCCACGAUGAUGCUGCAAUUGGUGGUGAAGAAAGGAAGGGCAUGGAGUUGGCUGUUAGCUUAAGUUUAUUUGCAUCUCGAGUGCAGGAAAUCCGUGUCCCCUUACAGGAACACCAUGAUAUUUUAUUGGCUACCAUACCAGCUGUUGAAUCUGCCCUCGAGAGAUUUGCUGAUGUUCUAAAUCAAUAUGAGCUUGCCUCUGCUGUCUUUUAUCAAGCUGACCAAGAGAGAUCUAACCUUGUACUGCACGAGACAUCUGCAAAGUCACUUGUUGCUGAAGCAACUAGUAAUUCUGAGAAAACUCGUGCAUCAUAUGAAAUUCAGUCCCGGGAGUUUUCUCAAGCAAAGGCUUUGGUUGCCGAGAAAUCUCAAGAAGCAGCUACUUGGAUUGAGCAACAUGGAAGAAUCCUUGAUGCGUUACGUAGCAAUUUAAUCCCAGAAAUAAAUGCCCACAUGGAAUUGAGCAGCAUGCAAGAAGCUUUAUCUCUUUUGUCUGCUGUCCAGGUGGCAGGGGUUCCAUUGACUAUUGUUCCUGAGCCUACGCAAGUACAAUGCCGUGAUAUAGACAGGGAAGUUUCUGACCUAGUAUCUGAACUAGAUGUUGGACUCUCAUCUGCCCUUACAGCGCUUCAGUUAUAUUCUUUGGCUUUGCAAAGAAUUCUACCACUGAACUACCUUACAACCAGUGCAGUGCAUGGCUGGGCACAAGUUUUGCAGCUCUCUAUCGGUGCCCUGUCUUCUGAUAUCCUUUCCCUUACAAGAAGACAGGCUGCUGAACUUAUUGCUAAGAGUCAUGGGAUUAAUCUGGGUCCUGUCAAACACAGUCACAAUGAUCUGUGUCUUCAAGUAGAGAAUUAUGCAUUGAAGAUAGAGAGACUUGAAGAAGAGCGUGUUGAGCUGGAGAAUUCUAUUGGCUUUGAGACUGAGUCAAAAGCUAAGGACCGUCUCCUGUCUGCUUUUAUGAAAUACAUGCAGUCUGCUGGUCUUGGAAGGAAAGAAGAUGCUAAUUCUCCUAUUCAAUCAGGACAACCAAAACACGAUGGAACAAAAGAUAAUAGAUUACGAGAGGAGCUGGAGGAGAAGAGGGAGAGGGUAUUAUGUGUUCUGAAUAUUGCGGUCAGUUCCCUGUAUAAUGAGGUCAAGCACAGGUUGCUUGAAAUUUUUAGUAAUUCCACUGGAGGAGGUAGUGCAAAGAAUAGAUUGCAGUAUGAUUUUGAUUCUGUUUUCUGUGAGUUUGAAGAGCAAGUAGAGAAAUGUAUGCUUGUAGCAGGGUUUGUUAGCGAGCUGCGCCAAUUGAUUGGUACACCUAGUGUAGAUCCUGAUAAAGAUGAUCCAGAAUUGUAUCAUGAGAAUAAUUGGGCUUCAAUUUUUAAAGCAAGUUUACAGUCCUGUAAGAACUUAAUUGACCAAAUGACUGAAGUGGUUCUUCCGGACAUGAUGAAAUCAGUAGUGUCUUUGGAUUCCGAGGUCAUGGAUGCAUUUGGAUCAAUUUCACAAAUUUGGGGUUCUAUUGAUUCAGCACUAGAGCAGUUUCUGGAGAUUAAAAUGGAGAGGGCGUCCUUGGUUGAACUGGAGCAGAACUACUUUAUUAAGGUUGGCCUUAUUACUGAGCAGCAAUUGGCUCUCGAAGAAGCAGCUGUCAAAGGCAGGGAUCAUCUGUCCUGGGAAGAGGCAGAGGAGCUUGCCUCCCAAGAAGAAGUGUGUAGAGCACAGCUGAAUCAACUUCAUCAAACAUGGAACCAGAGGGAUGUGCGCACUUCUUCUCUCAUUAAAAGAGAAGCUGAUAUAAAGAAUGCCAUAAUUUUAUCUGAACGUCAGUUUCAAUCUCUAGUUGGUUCUGAAGAGGAAAGGGCGAUCCAUGUUCUGGGAACCAAGGCAAUAUUAACUACCCUAAUUAAGCCCUUUUCUGAAAUGGAAUCAAUUGAUAGAGCUUUCUCUUCAAUCGGAAGUUCCUUUUCUUCUCAGUCAAAUGGGAUUUCCGAAAUUGCAGAUUUUUUGAAUUCUGGACACCCAAUAUCUGAAUAUAUUUGGAAGUUUGAUAAAUUAUUAUAUAGCCAGUCUUUCUUUGUUUGGAAACUAGGCGUUGUUGAUUCUUUUCUUGACUCGUGCAUACAUGAUGUCUCUUCAUCCGUGGAUAAAAAUUUUGGGUUUGACCAGCUCUUCUCUCUGUUAAAGAGAAAGCUGAAGAUGCAACUUCAAGAACACAUUGGUAAAUACUUGAAAGAACGAGUUGCUCCGACUUUAUUGUCCUGCUUAGACAAAGAGAAUGAACGUUUGAAGCAACUGACAGAGGCAACAAAAGAACAUGCUCUUGAUCAAGUGAAAAAGGAUAUGGGGCUUGUAACAAGGGUGCAACAUAUGCUCGAGGAAUACUGUAAUACUCAUGAAACUGCAAGAGCGGCAAGGUCAGCUGCUUCUCUUAUGAAAAGGCAAGUGAAAGAGCUCAGGGAGGCUCUUCACAAGGCUGGCCUAGAGAUUGUUCAGAUGGAGUGGAUGCACGAUGUUAAUUUGACUCCUUCACAUAACAGCAGAAUUAUAUUUCAAAAGUUUCUUGCCGGUGAUGAUAGUUUAUAUCCUAUUGUUAUAAACUUUAGCAGGCCUAAAUUGCUGGAAACAAUACAAUCUGCUAUGUCGAAGAUAGCCAGGUGUAUGGAUUGUCUGCAAGCUUGUGAACGAACUUCUCUUACUGCUGAAGGGCAGCUUGAGAGAGCAAUGGGGUGGGCAUGUGGCGGGCCAAACUCCAGUGCAACAGGCAACGCUUCCAGCAAAACCUCUGGAAUUCCUCCUGAAUUCCAUAAUCAUCUAAUGAGGCGGAGGAAACUGCUUUGGGAAGCUAGAGAAAAGGCAUCAGAUAUUAUCAAAAUUUUCAUGUCAAUAUUGGAGUUUGAAGCUUCAAGGGAUGGCAUUUUUCGAUUUCCUGGAGAGAUUUAUCCUUUUAGGACUGGUAGUGAUGGCAGGACGUGGCAGCAAGCUUACUUGAACGCACUAACAAGAUUGGAUAUUACUUACCAUUCUUUUGCACGUGCUGAACAAGAAUGGAAGCAUGCACAAAGCACCGUGGAAGCUGCUUCCAGUGGCUUGUAUUCUGCAACCAAUGAACUUUGCGUCGCCUCUCUCAAAGCAAAGUCAGCUUCAGGUGAUUUACAAAGCACAAUACUUGCUAUGAGGGAUAGUGCAUAUGGAGCCAGUGUGGCACUAGGAGCAUAUGGUCGUGUUUCAAGAAAUCAUACGGCUUUGACUUCUGAAUGUGGUUCCAUGCUUGAAGAGGUCCUUGCAAUAACCGAAGAUCUACAUGAUGUUCAUAGUUUGGGAAAGGAGGCGGCCGGAGUACAUCGCUCUCUUAUGGAAGAUCUUACAAAGGGAAAUUCGGUUCUGCUUCCACUUGAAACAUUGUUGUCUAAAGAUGUAGCUGCUAUGACGGAUGCUUUGGCUAGGGGAAGAGAGACCAAGAUGGAAAUAUCUCCUCUUCAUGGGCAAGCCAUAUAUCAUUCUUAUUGUUUGAGAAUUAAGGAGGCUUGCCAUAACUUGAAGCCAUUGGUACCAUCAAUUACGUCGUCUGUGAAAGGACUGUACUCUCUGUUGAUCAGGCUUGCACAAACUGCAAGUUUCCAUGCUGGAAAUCUUCAUAAAGCUCUUGAAGGACUGGGAGAAAGCCAGGAAGUAAAAUCACAAGGAAUAAAUCUGUCAAGGUCAGAUCUUGCUGUUGAUGCUACUGAAUUUAAUGACAAGGAGAGAGAGGACGUCUCCGAAUCAAAUGCUGGGAAUGCCAAAGAUGUUCUUUCCAUUGCUGGACUUUCUUUUGAAGAUAAUGGUUGGAUAUCUCCACCAGACAGUAUCUGCAGUAGUAGCAGUUCAGAAUCUGGCAUUACCUCACCUGAAGCAAGUUUUCCAGGGAGCUUUAAUGAUCAAGAUAUUGAGAUAGGCCCCCUUUCACAAGAGGCCAGCAGCAGAGAUACGCCAGGUUAUCAGAAUUCUGCCCCUGUAGGUCAGACUGACAAUCAAGAAAAUCCACCUUCUGGGCCGUCAGAGUCUAGUAUUGCAGAGCUUGGUAACAUCUAUGCAGGUUCGUUGAAUUCAGCAACUAAUCAACCGAGUGAAUGUCCGAGAGCCAUGGCGUUGCCAAGUGAUGAAUCUGUAAUUGCUGCUCCUGAUUCUUUGCUUCCAAUGAGUAGGAAUUCAGAGGAGGGAGUUAUGAACCACGAUGAAAUAUCCUCACUGAACAAGGUUAAGAUCAGAGACGAAGAUCGUGAGGCUCCUUUCCCUAAUACAAAUGCUGGUGGUCGCAUUGGUAGGGACAAAAAUGCUUACGCAAUAUCAGUCUUAAGGCGGGUCGAGAUGAAGCUAGAUGGUCGAGAUAUUGCUGACAGAGAAAUUAGUAUCUCGGAGCAGGUGGAUUAUCUACUCAAGCAAGCCACUAGCAUAGACAACCUUUGCAACAUGUAUGAAGGUUGGACGCCAUGGAUUUGAACAUGUGAACUUGGCGUCCAUUUGGUAUCCACAAUGGUCUUUAAACAGAAUACAGUCAGGUACUGGAAGAGUUUCAUGCACUUUCAUGGUGCUGACGCCUUUUUGCGGCAUUUUAUCCACUUCCAUGAAGACAACAUGGUUUGGUAAACCCUUUGCCCGUGAAGUAUGGAAGCUACCGCACCAAUUGGCUCCAGCACAAUUUCUUUUCCAUCUUGGCUUCACAUUCUAUGGUUCCCUCUCACAACAUGAGGCCAUGUCCAUUGAGAAAUGUACUAUGUGGGCCCCUCUAGACUGUGCUGUCCAAGCCCAAACGUGCUCUAUUUGGUUCCAAGCAAGCAUGUGGAGUAGUGAUAUUGCUGUUUCACAUGCAAGUUUGAGCUCUGAAGCAGGCCAGGACACAUUUCCAAACAUAACAAGGCUUCGGCAUUAAAGUGGGACAAGAGUUUGAAGUGUUACAUGCUUUGAAGAAGAUUUGUUAUUGGCAACUUCGUUGGUAUGUGGUCAUUACAUUGCAUUCUGGAGGUUUCUACUUUCGAUCAAAGACAGAUGAUGAUCAGCAAAUAGGUCCAAAUUGUAAAUUUGGUCGUUGCAAUACGAGGGCUGUAUAUACCUGAAGUUUCUCGACUAAAACUUAGGAGUCGGCGCUAUGUUGCUUUUCGGAUGAAUAUUUUUGUUAUCAAUAAAUAAUACUUUUUUUUUUCCCCUUUUGUAGCAUCUGGAGACUGGCUUUGCUAACAGUAUCCUUUUUUUUUAAUUCUCUUUCUUGUAUGCAUGAUG